UGCCUGCAGGGACUCUGCCUCCCCAACCACCUGGCCGGGAGUGCAGGCUGGCCCCCUUGGCCGUGCCCUGAGCCCUGCCCUCUGCUCGCCCGUGCUGGGGUCCUGGUGCAGGCCCCGUGGCCCUGCUCGGUCUCCUCCUGGAAAUGUCCCCGCUUGCCCCCGCUGAGCACUCCAGCAGCCCCAUCUCCCUGCUUCUGGGCGCCCCUGCCACCCCCUCCCACAGAUUAUGUGCCCGCCCACCUGCAGGUGCCAUGGCUCUGUGAGAAGGCCCAGCCAUGGUCUGACGGAAGGUUCCAGAAGGCAGGCAUGUUCCAUGGGCAGCGGCAGGACCUCCCGCCAUGCUGCAGCACAGACCAGCUCAGGAGCUGAGCUUUGGGCCCCGGGCCCUGAAGGACGCUCUGCUGUCCCAGGAUGUGGCGCUGCAGCGGCUCUAUGCCACCGCCUUCUCUCCGGCUGAGCGGCUCUUCCUGGCCGAGGCCUACAACCCCCGCAGGAUGCUCUUCGGCACGCCGCUGGUGCACUCGGCCUUCAACUGGCCGCUGAGCCGCCCCGAGGCCCCUGAGGACUUCAAGACCUUCCACGCGGCACUAGGCCAGAGGUGGCCGGGCCUGGCCCGCAGGCACAUCUACCUGCAGCCCAUAGGUCUGGGCGAGGGCUCGGCGGGCUGCCCCCUGCUGGAUGACCUGCGCAGGUGUGCCGACGCCUUCUUCCCAGGCCUGCAGGUCAGGUGCCUGCCCCCGGUGGCUGCCACCUCCAUCCGCUGCGCCUCGCGCCCGGGCAGGACUUGGCCGGCCCAGCUGCACACAGACGGCAUCCUGGCCUUCCUGAAGAUCAGCAAGCCGGAGGACGCGCUGUGCGUGCUGGGCCUCACGCUGGCUGACCUGUACCCCCACGAGAGCUGGAGGUUCACCUUCAGCAAGUUCCUGCCGGGCCACGGUCGCCUGCCAUGAGCUCUGCCACCUGCUGGGCCUGGGGAACUGCCGCUGGCUGCGCUGCCUCAUGCAGGGGGCACUGAGCCUGGACCUCUGCCCCACCUGCCUGCGCAAGCUGCAGCACAUCCUGGGCUUCAGGCUCCUCGACAGGUACAAGAGACUGCACGCCUGGACCUGGGCGGUGGCUGAGAGCUGGCCUGGCCAGGAGGCGUCCGUGGCCUUCAGCACCGACUGAGGCGUGUGUUGUGAGAGUGACUCAGAACCGGCCAGCAGCUC